AUGGCUACGCGGGUGAAUCCACCCAAGAAAGUACGGCUUGCUUGUCGGCGAUGUCGCACAAGACGGAUUAAGUGUGACGGAGAAGUCCCGGCAUGUACGAACUGCGCAAAAGCCGGCGAAACUUGCCUAGAUGUCGACAGUCAGAAUUCAGGAUUAUUGGUUCCUCGCAACUUCGCAAGUGCCGCUCGAAACAGAAUCCAAUGGCUGGAAGACAUCAUCAGACAACGACUGCCCGACGUUGACUUGGCUCUUGGCCCCCAGAUCGACGCUUUCCCGGAUCCGAAGGGUUCGGCUGCCGGCGCCGGACGUGGAGACAAUGAAGAUGACAUCUCAUCAUCGUCUCCGAGGUCCGGCAGAGGGAGUAGCCAACCUAUGGGCCGGACUCUGAGUCUGGGUUCCCAACGUCAGUCUCUAAAACGCCCCGCGGAAGCUGCAGGGUCAUACGACCAUUACGAACAGUUCCCAGAUCGUGCUCACUCAGUCGCCAUGAACCUGGGCAUGCUGUCUCUCAACUCCGACUCCAGUCAGAAACACUAUCUAGGAUCGAGCUCCGGGGUUCUGUUUACAAACCUCAUCGGGGCUUCUCCCUCGAGCGCCGGUUCUACACCUGCGGCGCUGUUAGAAGAUGUACAGGCACAAGGGCCAUCUUCAGAAUGGCAUGACACUUCCGUACCAAACAGUGCAUCACAACAGUAUAAUCGCUCUUUACACGUCUUUCUGCGUCAGGAACUCCCCAGGAAAGAAGACGCAGUCAAGCUUAUACAUACAUACAUCCGCUGGGUGCAUCCCGAUUACCCAGUUCUGGAACCAACUUCGCUCCUCAGUGCGUUGGAUGCGCUCUACUCGACGUUUGAAUGUUCAUUAGACGGCCCGUUCCCGCAUGGUUGGCCUUCUACUAUGCAAGCGUUCCGUUGGAACGGCCGACAAAGGCUACCUGGGGAACAGGGGCUCCAUACGGUACCGAUGCCAGUCGUGGCCUUUAUACUUUUUAUGGUUUUCAAUAUUGCUGCUGUCGUCAAGAUUAGGUCUAGAGUGUACGAGUUCCCUCCCGAGAGGUUCUACAGGGCCGCUCUACACUUCUCCAAGGACUGCUUUUCUCAAAUAUCCUUGUCCUCUAUUCAGGCCCUGGUGGUUCUCAUCAUUCACAGCAUGAUCACUCCAGCAGAAGUCAAUCUUUGGACGUUGAUUCAUGUUGCACUUGCACAUUGUGUCGAGCUCGGCAUUCAUAGAGAACCGCCGGCCCCUGCCCAACCUGGAGACUACGAAAACCAGCAAAUAAGGCGGCUUGUGUUUUUCACCAUUUACUCUCUAGAUAGGCCUCCACCAUGGAUGGCGGACGGUACAAAACAUCUUCGCUGCUGGUGCGACACUGAUAUACUCGUUUUGGACCUGUUCAACGGUUCGACAGAACGCAUCAACAGCGGAUUUGGCGAGGAGCUUGCGCUCGUGCUCGAGUCUUUUGACUAUCGACUAGAAGAGGGCCAAAAUCCCAUGGACCACGCCGACGGAGCACAGGUGAUCUAUGACGCAACGGGCCAGCAAACCGACGCCGCCGCCCACAUUCCGCUCAACGGUGCAGACGCGUCUUGGCACCAGAUCCCAGUUUCAUCCGCUGCUGCCGUAGCCAUGGCGCAUCAGCAGGAUCCCUUACAAUGGCAGGGAGUCUACCACGAGAGCGCUUAUCCGCCGCCCCCAGGCGCUGGCGACUAUGUUCCGGAGAUCGAGACGUUUCUUGCCGACUUUGACAAGUCAGAGUUCAGCUGGAGUUUUCCUCUAGCAGGGAAAGUUGCCUUGAGUCCUUUAGAACCUUACAACACGCUAGAUUACGAACACCGACUACGAACCCUCCGCGAUGUUCAAAAGUCGAACAAAAGACCCUUGACACUAUCCGAGAAAGUCCUAUAUAGCCAUUUGAUUCCAGGGGAGAAUGGCUGGGUGCUUGAUGAGAUCAAACGAGGCAAGACGAUACUGCGCCUGCGACCAGAUCGCGUCGCAUGCCAUGACGCCACCGCGACAAUGGCGCUGCUGCAGUUCAUCAGCGCCGGCCUUCCACGAGUUAGAGUACCAACUUCAGUCCACAGCGAUCAUUUGAUUGUAGCAGAAAAGGGAGAUGAGGAGGACUUGAAGAGAGCCGCGAGCGACCACAGGGAGGUGUACAACUUCCUGAGCAGCGCAACGAAGAAAUACGGGAUUGGAUACUGGAAACCCGGCGCUGGUAUUAUCCACACGACAAUCUUCGAGAACUAUGCCUUCCCUGGCGGCCUCAUGAUUGGGACCGACUCGCAUACACCCAACGCCGGCGGGAUGGGCAUGUUCGGCAUUGGCGUCGGCGGCGCGGAUGCUGUCGAUGCUAUGUCUGGGAUGCCUUGGGAACUUGCGUGUCCUCAGGUUGUUGGCGUGCGGUUGACAGGCAAGCUUCAAGGAUGGAGCUCAUCCAAGGACAUUAUCUGCAAGCUUGCCGGGAUUCUAACCGUCUCUGGGGGCAAGGGAAAGAUUAUUGAAUUCUUUGGGCCAGGCACAGAGACACUUGGGGCUACAGCCAUGGCUACGGUCUGCAAUAUGUCGGCGGAGAUCGGAUCGACUUCCUGCGUAUUCCCCUAUUCAGAAGCCAUGGCACGGUACUUGGCAGCGACGAAGCGCGAAGAUGUUGCUAAAUACGCCAACUCUUUCAAACAGGUACUUUUGACUGCGGAUGAGGGUAGUGACCGGUUCUAUGAUGACAUCAUCGAGAUUGAUCUCUCAACUCUUGAGCCUCACAUCAAUGGACCGUUUACCCCUGACCUUGCACACCCGCUUUCCCAGUUCAAGGACCAUAUCAGCGAGAGUUCUUGGCCUACAGAACUCAGCUGUAGUCUAGUGGGGAGCUGUACCAACAGUUCGUACGAAGACCUGGAAAAGGUACGCAACCUUGUUGUACAGGCGAAAGAAGCCGGGUUGGAGCGGACAAAGACUCCGUUUCUUGUCAGCCCUGGCAGUGAACAGAUCCGCGCGACGGCUGAGAAGGAAGGCAUUUUGGAAACGCUACGACAAGCUGGCGCCACCGUGUUGAGCAACUCCUGUGGUCCCUGUGUAGGACAAUGGGAUCGAAAGGAUGUUGACGUCAAAGGAGCAGAGAAGAACUCUGUCAUCUCAAGCUUCAACAGAAAUUUCACAGGUCGCCAUGACAGCAAUCCUGCGACGCACUCCUUCGUAACGUCUCCUGAGCUUGCCACCACCUUCGCCUUUGCCGGCCACCUUGCAUUCAAUCCCGUCACUGACGCUAUUCCUGUACCCGGUGCAGCGAAAUCGUUCCGAUUCUCUCCCCCUGUAGCAGAGGAACUUCCCGCUGCCUUCUCUCCUGGUGCCGACAGGUCUCAACCUCCCAUCAUGGCCGAUACUUCCGACCUCACAAUCAACAUUGAUCCUGCCAGCGACAGACUUCAACUUUUGACCCCAUUCAAGCCGUGGAAACCAGGAAACGCGAGCAACCUGGCAAUCCUUGUCAAGGUCCGUGGGAAGUGCACGACAGAUCACAUAUCCCCGGCAGGCCCGUGGUACAAUUAUCGCGGCCACCUUGAGAACAUCAGCAACAACCUCCUCCUCGGUGUCACAAACGCGUUCCUGCCUGACCCCAGUUCACUACAAAUGAUCGGGAAGGCAGCUGAUCCCACCGACGGGAACAAGAUUAAACCAGUGCCCCAAACAGCGCGGAGCAUGAAGAAAAGCGGCAUCAGGUGGUGCAUCAUCGGCGACAACAACUACGGCGAGGGAAGCUCAAGAGAACACGCCGCGCUUGAGCCGCGGUAUCUCGGAGGCGUGGCGGUCAUAGCCAAGAGCUUUGCAAGAAUCCACGAGACAAAUCUCAAGAAGCAAGGCAUGCUUCCCCUGACGUUUACUGAUCCCGCGGACUACGACAAGAUCAAUGAGGGCGACCGCAUCACGCUCUUGGACGUUGAGGAAGGGCAGCUGCAGCCUGGCAAGCAGGUUACGAUGGAAGUUGUGACAAGGGAGGGAUCUCGGUGGGAGGCGAAGCUGAAUCACUCGUACGAGACCAACCAGAUUGAGUGGUUGCGGGCGGGAAGUGCUCUCAACUACAUCAAAAGCGUUGCCCUUGCGUGA